GGUAUAAUCUAUUUCCUCUUUACCACCAAAACUAGAAACAAUACCAACACCAAUGAUACUGGCAAUCGAUCCGAAGAAUAUAACUUUGAUAUAUGUGGCCACCAUUUAAAUCUCCCGUAAUGUGACGGUCGGUAAAGUAGUGGUCAAAUAGUGGUCACAAAAUGCAUGCAAUAUAUGAUUGUUGUCUGACUUUCAAAACAUAUCACAAAUUAUGAAUAUUUAAUACAUUUAGUCAAAUGUGCGACAAAAAGGUCGUAACUAUUGGCUUAUAUUAACUAAGAUUUGCAACUUUUUUCCAGUAAUACUUAAAAGUCGUUAUUAAUGUUGUGAUUAAAGCGGGAAAUCAAAAGUUGUGUAACUUUUUUAGUUAAUUAAAUGAAAGCAUUGUUUUGUUUUUAUCACCAAAAAGUUGAUCUCAUUUCUUCUUAAUUGAUCUUUUGGUUAAUUGUCUUACUAUUAAUGGUUUGACGACAAAAGGUAUAGAUAUAAUGGGAAUCCAGGGAUUAUUACCAUUACUGGAGAGAGCGACCAAACCUGUGAAUGUGUUGGACUUAUCGGGAAGUGUUUGUGUGAUUGACGGUAACGGAUGGUUACAUCGGGCCUCAUAUGGUUGCGCUCAAGACCUAUAUAAAGGACUACAAACCGAUUUAUAUGUCAACUAUUUUCUUAAACGGUGCCAACAUUUGGUUAGCGUCGGUAUUAAACCGAUUGUUGUGUUUGAUGGACAAAGAUUACCGGCUAAAGAGGUGACACACAGACAAAGACAAGCGACCAAACGUAACGUACGGAAUAAGAUUGAGUUAUUAUUAGCCGAAGGACAGGACUCGAAGGCUAACGAAUUAAUGAAACAAUGUAUUGAAAUCACACCACAAAUGACCAGAAAAUUGAUUAAUGCUUUGCGAGAAAAACAGGUCGACAUUAUUGUGGCGCCCUUUGAAGCGGAUCCACAAAUAGCUUAUUUGGUUAACAAUGGAUUUGCAGAUUUUGUCAUUACUGAAGACUCGGAUUUAUUAGUUUUUAACUGUAGACUCUGUUUGUUUAAAUUGGACGCUAAAGGAAACGGACAGUUGAUGGACAUGUCUUUGCUUAAGGAGUGUUUGGGAGACGGUUUUGAUGUCAACAAAUUAAGACAUAUGUCUAUAAUGUCAGGUUGUGAUUAUUUGGCAAAUCUUCCAGGAAUUGGUCUCCAAAGAGCCAAAAAGUUUUUCAAAUUAACGACAAAUUCAGACUUGAAGACAGUUUUGUUUAAAAUUCCCAAUUAUCUCAAAAUGACUAAAAAAGUUAAAGUCAGUCAACAAUAUGUCAAUGAUUUCAUUAGAGCUGACAAUACUUUCCGAUAUCAACUGGUGUUUUGUCCAAAAUUGCGACAAUUAGUGCCAUUGACUCCCUAUGAGAAUAACAUCACUGCUAAUGAACUCAGUUAUGCCGGCAUUCACUUCAAUGAAGAUCUCGGCAAUGACUUUGCUUUUCAAUAUGCCAUUGGAAACGUUGACACAAAGACUUUAGAUAUCAUUGACUCAUAUAAUUUUGAACCAAAUGAAGAUAGCAUUUGGUCAAAGGAUUGGUUAAAUUAUAAGUCGAAACAGCCAUCUCUUAAUGAAAGUCAUCACAUUUCACAUCAAUCAACAGUUAUACCACAAACCACUGUUCAAUCAAAUAAUUUGUCACCGAAUUCAUUCAAACGACAGAAAAUCGAUGAAAAUACUUUUGUCAGUUGUCGUCAAUUAGUUGAUGAAUACUCAGUAGAAAUUUUUUCCAAAGAAAGUUCCGAAGAGUUUCAGAGCAARUAUUUCAAACGCGAGAAAAAACAAAAUAUGUUUACAUCGAUUGCAAACAAAAGAAUGCGAUUAACCACUGAUGAAGAUAACUGUUAUAAUAAUGUAAGUCAACAUUCGCUAAAUUCAAGCGGAAACACAACUAUUGAUACAUUAGAUGAUACUUUGACUAUGAGUGACACCGAAAGAUCAGAAAUUAGUGAAACCAGUGAUGAAGACAUCGGUAUAUUUGAUGACUGUUUUACUAAUACUAAAUCAAUUGUCAGUCAAUCGGCAAACAAAACAUUUUCUUCAUUUCUCUAUCAAUAA